AACCGUGAGAAACUUUGACAAGAAGUUGAAGAAGUUCUCCAAACCGCCCACAAGUUUUCCCAGCCCAGACGUGUAGACAUGUCCGACCCCGAUCGAGAGGACCAGCUGAACGCCCUGUGGCACGCCUUCCAUGCGCUGGACGAGAAGAGAGAGGGCACGGUACAGAAGUCUAAACUCAAGGUUCUCACCCACAGUUUGGGCACUGUUGUCUACACCCCACCUGUUGAAGAUGUUGAGAAGCACUUUGGUGACCCAACUGUCACGUUCCAGGCUUACUCAGACUUCGUCAGGAAGGUCAUAUUCCAAGGUUUGUCAGAGAACUCCAUUCCAGACUGGAGCAGAUUUGAUCAGGUGUGUUGGCAGAUCUGUUCUGGGAAGCACCUGAGUAAGGACCGUCGUGAGAAGACCCUGACUGCAGACCACGCCUUCCAGGUGUGGCAGAUGUUCAACAGGCUGGCCGAGCCGGACAGAUAUCCGUUGGUGAUGGAUAUAGAGGAGGUGCAGUUCCUCUUACAGAAGCUAGUUGGCGCCAUGGGUGGACAGUGGGCAGAGGCAGACUUCCAACACUUCUCAGACUCUCUCCCCACCAUGUCGGUGUGGCAGCUCAUUGCAUGUAUAGAGACUAAGUACUCGGAGGGGAUUGAACCUGAGACUGUGUGCGAAGCUGUGACAGAGCUACACAAGGAAUUAGUGCUUGAUGUCGUGAAAGAGGGCCUGAUGUCCAAGAAGGGCCAUGUAAGGACCAAUUGGAAGGAGCGUUGGUUUGUGCUGAAACCCUGCAGUCUGGUUUACUUCACUGGUAAGGACCAGAAGGACAAGAAGGGGGAGAUUCUCAACCCGACUCCAUGGAAGGUUGAGCUGCUUGGAGAGAAGUCUCGCGAGGGUAAGCAGCGACUGUUGUUGACGGCCAGUGCAAACAUGUCGUACGAAAUGGCCGCCCCUGAUCUUAGAAGCAGACAGGCAUGGAUAACUGCCAUUCAGAGCGUGAUUGAUCUUUCCAAGACUGGAUGCUCUUCCCUGGUCAAGAAACAUGCACAGAAGAGGAGAGAGAUGAGAGAGAAGAGACGGGCAGAAGAAAUGAAGGAAAAAGAGAGGAAGAGAAAAGACAGCGAGCUGAUGGAAGAACAGAGGCAGAAACUUGAAGAGGAGAAACAAGCACGUUCCGAAGCAGAAGCGCGGCUGGCCCUGGAGACAGUUCUGCGUGAGGAAGAGGAACAGAUGAGAAGGGAGCUGGAGGAGAUGAACAGGCAACUGGAGAAACUUCUGGAAGAAGAACGGCAGGCCAAGAAAGAUGAGGAGAUCGUCAGGGCCCUGCAGGCAAAACUACUCCAAGAGGAGUUUGAGCGUAGGGAGCAGCUGGAAAAGCUGAAAGCAGACCAGGACAAACUGCUGGAAGAUGAGCGCAAGCAGCGCCAAGAGUUGGAACAGCAGUGGAGGGAGGAGCAGCAGAGGCUGGAACAGCUACAACAAGAGAGAGAGGCGGCAGACCAACAGUUAAAGGAGGCCUCCAAGAAACUACAGGAUGCAGAGGAGAAACACAAGAAGAUGAUGGCUGCAGUGGAGGAGAGGAAACGGUGGAAGGCCCCAGGACUAGCCAGACCCAUCCAGCCAACCGCCCAGCCUCUCAUCACGCACAGGGGCUUGGGGGCCUUUACUGAGGGGGAGUUUGAAAUCCAGAAGCAGAAGAAAAUCAUUUCUAAGGACAACGAGCCUCACUCUGAGGAGGGUUGUACGGGAGAGUCCAAACCAGAAGAAGGGGGUGAGCAGGAUGAAGUCUUUGAUGAUGAAGUGAAGGAGAAAAAGGAGGAGAGGUUGUCAGAUGAAGGAAUAGGAGAAGAAGUGAAGGAGGAUUAGACAAACAACUGUUUUUCAUUACUUCAUUAAAACAAAGAUAUAACAAAAAUGAUGCAGAUAUAAAGCCAAAAUUGAAGCUAUUUUCUGACAUGUAACAAAAGUUAACAUCUGUGCUGUAGUGAUGCCCUGCUUCUAGACUGUACCCAAUAUGUAGCUACUGGUACUCCAUUAUGUACUAUUGUAGUGUGGUCUCUUAUAUAGGUAUGCCUACCAUUUAGUUUUGCUAGCAUGCAAACAUCAGAAAUAUGUGCAGCAUGUAAUAAGUGCCAUUUGGAUGUGACUUUAUAGAGUACAUGACUUUGUGUAAUAUCAAGUAUUUAUCUGUAGAAUUAUUACCUUUAGCACAAUAUUAUUGUAGCUGAUAUUGCUAUAUUAUAAAUGCAUUCUGUCCUGUUUCCAAAUGGUUCAAGACAUUUUGCUUAUUUCAACUGAGCAAACAAAUAUGUUUGAUCUGCACUGUUUGUAUACUCAAAGUUCUAUUUAAGAAUUAUCUAGAAAUAGAAUAAAAUGUCCUUGGUAAUGUAGAUAAUCUGAUUGUAUAGGGUACCUGUAAGACUUCAUAUGCAAUGUUCACUGCUAAUUCCAAGCAAAAUUCAUUAUCCAUCCACUUAGUUCAUUGCCUGGAAGUAGUCAGCUGGUCUUUCAUUGAUUUGAAGAAACCUGUUCAAAGACAGACCAUCCAGAUCUGUGCUAAGAUAUUGUAGUAUAGCAUCAUGAAUAGAGUGUUCAGCUUCAGUGUUUAUGAGUAAACAUUCAGCACUUUCAUAUUAUUUUGGAUAUCUAAACCAUUGGUUACAUCAUAUUUUAUUCCAAGUUUGUUAGUGUAGAAGAAGAUACAAAUGAUAUUUGAUAGAAUUUUUAUAAUGUAAAUUGUGUUAUAUUAGAUUCAAAUGUGUUGAUUUGAUAUAUACAUUGUGUAUAAGAUACAAUGUUUAGUGCCUGCUGUCCACCAGUAUAUGAAAAGCACUUAGUUUGCAUGCAUGUGUCUAUAUAAUUAAGCUGUAUUUUUACAGAUAAUUUUGAAAAUUGAUUUUAAUGAUUAAUGUAUACCUCAAAUGAUUAGAGUAGUCCAAGUUGAUUAUAUCUACUGUAAUUUUUUCACUGUACUUUUAUGUUCACCAUUUUCACUGUGACGACUGUAACUUAUCAUUACAGAUAACAAAUAAUUCACAGACUUUUUUAUGUGCACAUGCUGCCAUCGUGAACAUUUAGUUCCGAGAACAAGUUAAAUUUUCUCAGACCUGGAAAGUUUGGUACCGAGAAGGCAAAGUGAAUUACAGUAUAUUGUGUGACAAUAUUGACCAAAUAAAGGCAGAGCAGCAUAUCCCAUUUUCUUUCAUUUUGUUUUCAUGAUAAUGAUUUCCUGAGUUGAGUUGCUAAUCAGAGCUACCAAAGGUAAAAAUAGUAGGCCCAAAAUAUCCUCUUAUAGUUUCUACCUUCUAUACGAGUGAACCAAACAGAAGUCAUUUUGCAUGUACAGUUUUUUGACAAUUAUCCUUGUGGUGUUGAACCAAUAAUAAAGCACCUAACAUUAUAAAAUAAUGCUUUCCUACUUGGGUAUGAUAUGAACUGAAUUAGAAUGCAAGAACACAAUUUUCCUUAUAAAUUAUAUGAAGAAUUUAUUCCACACCGUUUCAUAUGCAACAAUUUACCCAACAACUUUCUUCUAAAAUGCCCGGCCUUAUUACUUAUAAUAUUGCUAUCCACAGAAAUUGACCCAACCAUAUUAACCCAUACAUUAAAUACCAGUGCAGCACUUUUUGAAACUUUCCACCAUAUUUGCACAUUAUAUUCUGUAACAAUUACAACUAAGCUAUAGGUACAAAAGUAUUCCGUCAAUUAUUGCUGAUAAUAUCACAGACAUUUGUUCAGUGCUAAGAUGGUCGCCUCCUUUCUUAACAUUUUUCACGUCUUUGCAAACAAUUUAUACAUUGCAUAAUUGCAGCAAUAAUACAGUGUACAUGUCAUAUUAAGGCUUUAAGACUAGUCUUCAGAUUUUUACUCUGAAUUGGCACCGUUUGUCAUGAGAAUUCAGUCUUUUUAAGACUGAUGGUAUUGGUCAUGAAUUCUGGUUACCUCAAUGUAUGUGUGCCCAGUUACAACAUGAAUUGUACAAGUCACACUGUUUAGCUUUCCAAGGGAAUCAAGUACAUAACACCUCAAUAUAUACAUAAUCAAGGUUGGUUAUUAUAUAAUCAGCUGAGCAGGUAUUUCUGAUGUCUAACCUGUACGACAUACACGUAACCGCUUGUGGAUUUUUCUGUUGUAUUGAUGGAUAGCCUGUUUAAGCAAGGAGCUUUUAUCAACUUGAUAAAAGCUCCUUAGUUUAAGUAUGAAAUAUCAAAAGCAGAAAAGGUUACCAGUUCCAUUUAUUAGUUCCUGUAUUC